UAUGCCUUCGCCACCAUGGACAACAACCAGAUCAAGAGUACCGAGUGGGACGAUGACAAGUUCUUUGCUGAGAUCCAGGCUCUCAAGAACCAGAACCUCCACCUGAAGACCCUCCUGGCCGUUGGUGGAGCCAACAGUGCAAAUAGUCCAAAGUUCUCUGCUAUGGUGGCAACAUCUGCUAACCGUCAGACCUUCAUCACCUCCGUGAUCACGUUCCUGAGGCAGUACGGGUUUGACGGUCUGGACAUCGACUGGGAGUUCCCUGGCUCCAAGGGCAGCCCUGCCAUCGACAAGGAGCUCUUCACCACCCUCACUCAGGAGAUGCGGUACGCCUUCGAGGCUGAGGGCGUGAAGACCAGCCGUCCUCGUCUGAUGCUGACCGCGGCCGUGUCUGCCGGCAAGAGCACCAUCGAUGCCGCGUACCAGAUCCCUCAGCUCGGCGGCAUCCUGGACUACUUCCAUGUCAUGACCUAUGCGUUCCAUGGCUCCUGGCAGCACUUCACAGGGGAGAACAGCCCCCUGUACAAAGGACCUGCCGACACGGGGUCUCACAUCUACUACAGCAUAGACUAUGCCAUGAACUACUGGAGGAGCCAGGGUGCUCCUGCUGAGAAGCUGCUGGUUGGUUUCCCCACCUAUGGACGCACCUUCACCCUGGCCAGUGCCUCCGACACCGGUGUUGGUGCCCCUGCAAACGGAUCCGGUCCUGCUGGUACCUACACCAGGGAAGCUGGAUUCUGGUCCUACUAUGAGAUCUGCAGCUUCCUGAAGGGAGGAGCAAUUCAAGCCUGGGACGCCAUCCAGAUGGUCCCCUACGCCUACAACAGCCAGCUCGCUUGGGUCGGCUACGACAACAUCAGGAGCUACCAGAUUAAGAUUGACUGGUUGAAGAAGAACCAAUUUGGAGGAGCCUUGGUGUGGACCCUGGACCUGGACGACUUCAGUGGCACCUUCUGCGGCCAGGGCAAAUUCCCCCUGAUCAACACCAUCAAGAACGGCCUGGGCACCGGACAGUGUGGUGGUAGCAGUAGUGGUGGUAGUAGUGGUGGUAGCAGUAGUGGUGGUAGCAGCAGUGGUGGCAGCAGCAGUGGUGGUAGCAGCAGUGGUGGUAGCAGUGGAGGAGGAGGUAGCAGCAGUGGUGGUAGCAGCAGUGGUGGUAGCAGCAGUGGAGGAGGUAGCAGCAGUACAUUCUGCGCUCACAAGGCCAGCGGCAUUUACCCCAACCCCACCAACAAGCACACCUUCUACGAGUGCGCUAACAGCGUGACCUUCUUGCUGGACUGCCCCGACACCCUGGUGUUCGACCCCUCCUGCUUAUGCUGCACCUGGGCAUAGACCAGACCACCUAAUGCCCUCUACAGCAAGGGCGGCCAUUUUGUUCUCCCUCCAGUGGCCGUGCCGCCGCUGCCACCACACACAUCAUGCACUGUGCAUCGGCACCAAGAGACAGAGGGAGAGGCAGCAACAU